AUGCCUUUCGGUUUAAAAAAUGAUGGUGCUACCUAUAAACGCGCCAUGACUGCAAUUUUUCACGAUAUGAUGCAGAAGCAAGUCAAAGAUUAUGUAGAUGACAUAGUGGUCAAGUCGAAGACUCGUGCAACCCAUACAGAUGUUUUACGGCAAGUGUUUGAAAGGUGUCACGAGUACAAAUUAAAGAUGAACCCUCUGAAAUGCGCUUUCGGAGUUUCUUCUGGCAAGUUUUUGGGAUUCCAAGUCACCUCUGAAGGAAUCAAGGUCGAUCCGACCAAAACCCAAGCUAUCCUCACGAUGCCUCCUCCACAAACUAUGAAAGAACUCCAAAGCUUCAUGGGCAAGGUAAACUAUAUACAACAUUUCAUACCUGAUUUGGCCCAACUUAUCGCUGCAUUCACCCCCCUGUUGAAGAAGGGAGCGAGCUUCAUUUGGAGUACAAAGCAACAAGAAGCAUUUCGACAAAUCCAGCAAAUAUUGUCGUCACCCACCGUUAUGAAAUAUCCCACGCAAGGAAGAGCGUUAUGCCUCUACACUUCCUCUAGUGACACUGAUGUUGGGCCCCUCCCUGCUCAGGAAGAUGAUGAAGGGAUUGAACAUCCCAUAUACUACUUCACCCGCACGUUGAGAGAUGUUGAACUCAGAUACCCCAAAGCAGAGAAGGCGUUCUUAGCCCUGGUUCACGUUGUGCAAAAAUUCAGACAUUAUCUACUUUCGAACAAGGUGGUGUCAAUAUCCAGAGUUGAUCCUAUCAAAUUCUUACUCUCAAAACCAGCCUUGAUAGGCAGACCGGCCAAAUGGCUGCUCCAAACGUCAGAGUUUGAUAUAACAUGCGAUCCUCCAAGGUCUAUUAAGGGACAAGUGGUGGCAGAUCUUCUAGCAGUAUUCCCAGGAGAAGGAACCACAACAUUGCAUGAAGACCUUCCCGGAGAAUUUCCCGAAAUCUCAUUUAUCGAAAAGGAGGCGCGGCUAUUAUAUUUCGACGGUUCUGCUACUCCUAGAAAUAAUACUGGAGGAGCGGGUAUAGUUCUAGUGUCUCCAACGGGGGAAGUAUUUUCACAUUCUUUCAAGUUGGACUUUCAGUGCACCAACAAUUCGGCAGAAUACGAAGCUUUCCUCAUAGGAUUGUCAGUAGCCAAACAAGAAGGAGCCACACACCUGGAAAUAAGAGGUGACUCUAAGUUGCUGGUCAAUCAGAUGAACGGGGUCUACUCACUCAAGGCGCUGGCCCCCUAUAGAUCCGAGGCGCAAAGGCUAUUGAAUUAUUUUGUUGAUGCAACCAUAACCCAUAUUGGCUGCAAUAACAACAAGCACGUCGAUUGCCUAGCUACAUUGGCCUCGAAGCUGCAAUUCGAAGGAUUGGAAGAAACUUUAAUUGUGAAGAGACGGAUUGUAGCGUCGACAUGGCUCGCACAAUCUAAAGAUGUUGAAACUGACGACUGGAGGACUCCUAUCGUUCAAGAGCUAAACAGUUCACUCUCCCAAGGAAAGGUCGGUCUCAAAACCCUGCAAAGCUUUUUCAUGCUUCAUGGAGUGUUGUAUCACCGGAAUCCAGAUGAGUCUCUGUCAAGAUGUCUUGGGGACGAAGAAGCACAACUACAACUUAACCGCAUUCACAACGAAGCCUGUGGACAAACGUUGGUAGUGACUCUUUAUCGACGUCUCCAACGCCUUGGCUUCUACUGGCCAAAAAUGGAGACUCAAUCUCGAUCACUUCAAGGGUCUUGCUCCGAUUGUCAAAUACCACCACACCAAUUGGAGGUUUCCAACGUGAGCCACACUGGGGACUGGAGAGAGCCGUAUAUUAAUUACCUUCGUGACAGAGUACUCCCUGCAAGCAAGAAGGACGCAUCCAAAAUGAAGCAACGAGCCAAGAGAUUCGUAUUUCAUGAAGGAAUCCUUUACCGCAAAAGCUUUGGGGGCGACUUAUUACGAUGCCUGACCGAAGUGGAGAUCCCGACCCUGAUGAAGGAAAUUCAUGCAGGCGAACACCAGGGGAAGAAGAAGCUAUUUCUCCAGAUAUACGAGAAAUACUACUGGCCAACCAUGGAAGAUGAUGCAGCUUCGUUUGUUCAAAUAUGCAAAGAAUGUCAAAUUCAUGGAAAUAUUAUUCAUACACCCUCUACUCCUUUACACUCGGUAAGUAGUUUGUGGCCGUUUUACAGCUGGGGACUUGACAUCAUUGGGAAGAUCAACCUUCCAUCGUCAAAACAACCCGAAUAUAUUAUAACCGCAACGGAGAAUUUUACCAAGUGGGUUGAAUCCAUUCCUCUACGAGGGACUAAUGGAGCAACAAUCGCGGCGCUCAUCAAGAAACACACCAUUUGUCGGUUUGGCGUGCCUAAGCACAUCGUUACGGAUAAUGGUACUCCUUUCGCCAACAAACAGGUACAAGAGUUGCUCGAAGAAUAUGGGAUUAAGCAGGUCUUCUCCACCAUCUAUUACCCCCAGGGGAACGGGCAUGCUGAAAGCACCAACAAAACCUAA